AUGGAAGGAGGGAUCCUUGAAAUAAUUCUUGUUAAUGCUGAAGGCAUUACACACACAAAUCUUGUUGGAACACCAGCCUACUACGUUAUCAUAGAAUGUGGAACUCAUGUACAUAGAAGCAAAGUGUCAUCAGGUGAAGAUGAUAAGGCCUGGUGGAAUGAGAAAUUCACAUUUGAACGCCCAUUGUCUGAUUGGAAAAGAUUGACCCAUCUGAAGUUCAAAAUUAUGAACACAGAAUUCCUCAGUGAUGGUGGCUUUGUUGGCGAAACCAUAAUUCACCUUGGUGGAAUAAUUACAGAGGGAAGUGACAGAGCUUUCCUAGAAGUAAAACCGGCUCCAUAUAAUGUGGUGCUUGAAGAUGACACCUACAGAGGCCAAAUAAAAAUUGGGUUUAAAUUCAUUGCAAAUGUAAGAAUGGUUAGAGAGAAAGUCGAAUUAGGAGUCAUGUAA